CGCCCAACAACAACUACGCCCUGCUCUGGAGCGCAUCAAUUCGUGUCUCCCACCUCUGCCACAGCGUGCUCACGUGUUCCAGUGACGUCACACAAAGGCCCGGUCACGUGACCAUGAUGUCACCUAACGGUGGAAUUUACAUGUAACGGCGGCGACUGAUGGUUGUGUGUCAGAGACCGGGUCGGUGGGGAGCGCAGAGCGGACGGUGUCAUGAAGGUAACGUGCCUGUAUUGGGGGCCCCGGUGACGAGUGGAAGGUCUGGCUGUGACAUUAUGUUUCCCUUCUGUGUUAUCGGCGCUCUGCUGGCGGGGGCCAGCUCCAUGUGGGCUUCUUGCUGUGGAUUGCUGAAUGAAGUCAUGGGUACAGGAGCUGUGCGAGGGCAGCAAUCAGGCUUUGGUGGCGGAGCAGGCCCCUUUCGAUUUGCGCAGAAUGCUGAUUUUUCACCAUAUCCUUCAUCAUCCUCCAACAUUGUAUGUAAAGCUUGUGGACUAAACUUCACAGUCUUCAGGAAGAAGCAUGUCUGUUGUGACUGCAAAAAAGACUUUUGCUCAGUAUGCUCUACACUUCAGGAAAAUCUCAGGCGUUGUAGUACUUGCCAUUUAUUACAAGAAACAGCAUUUCAACGGCCCCAGUUAAUGAAGUUGAAAGUUAAAGACCUACGCCAGUAUCUAACACUAAGGAAUAUCCCUACUGAGAGCUGUCGGGAGAAGGAAGAUUUGGUGGAGCUGGUGCUCUGCCACCAUGGCUCUUUUUCUGAUGAGGAGAUGGAUGUUGGCGCAGACAGCACCACAAGAUCUCAGACCUCUGCCUUUUCAUUCUUUUCUGCUAUUUCUGCACCUUCAUCUUCCGUAUCAUCAUCUCAGGGAGAAUUAUCAGACAGAAGUGGAAGCGUGGGAAGUGGAUCUGCAUCCCAGGGAACAAGUGAAACUAUAUCCAUAACACCUGAUACAGAAACCCCAGAACUGGCUAAUGACUUAUCAAAGAAACAAGGCCGAGCUUCACUCUCAGACUUAUCAACCCUGGAGGACAUAGAAGGGCUAACUAUUCGGCAACUGAAAGAAAUCCUGGCCCGGAACUUUGUCAACUACUCAGGAUGCUGUGAGAAAUGGGAACUAGUGGAAAAAGUCAACAGACUGUACAGAGAGACUGAGGACAACAGAAAAUCUUUGGAAAGCCUAGAAACCAGGCAUGACUCAGAUAGAGAUCGGCUUCAGCUGACUGGUACUGAUGACAACCUUUGUCGCAUCUGCAUGGACGCUGUUAUUGACUGUGUUCUCCUUGAAUGUGGCCAUAUGGUGACCUGCACGAAAUGUGGCAAAAGAAUGAACGAGUGUCCCAUUUGCCGACAGUACGUGGUGCGGGCUGUUCAUGUCUUUAAAUCUUAAGUAUCCAGACCAAAAAAAAAAAAUAUGGUGUGACCUGGCCCUACAUCUUAGGGCUCAAAGUGUGUACCAAGAAACCUGGUUAUAUGUACAAUGUGUGAGUGGACUGAUAGAGAUGUGAUUUGUAAUACAUAUAAAAGGUAGGUUUUGUUUAUGAGCUAAAUGAGAAGUGGUCAGACAUACUGCAUGUGUGUGUUUGUGAAUCUGGAAUGGAUGAUAAUUCUUAUCAAUAAAAUAUACUUGUGGGAAGAGGAA